AAUGUUUUAGUUUUCAGAUGACCAGACAAACACAGAAUCUAGAGCUCAGACGUGAAUAAUUUCGGAAGGACUUUUAAAGUUGGACAUGCAUGCCAAACAUUAAGUGUUAACCUACCAUGGCUCAGAAUAUUACUAGUUUAUUUUGCGGCAGAGGUCCUAAAGAUAUAAUCGACUAUUAAAGUAUUGGUGUACGGAAAGAGAGACGGACGGACAAAACAAAACCUUUUGCCGCAACCGAUAAUCUUCUUUGGCAAAAUAGAUCCCCCAAAAAUAUUCGGAAAUUCACAGGGUUUUUUUUUGUUGUUGAAAAUAUGACAUUAAUGGAUACAAAAGAAGUAAGACGUGAUUUGAAAUAUGUGUUUUAAUGCACCAGUAAUGCGUUUGUAAAAUAUACAUGUACAUCUGUUCUUUGAGCGAUUGAUCCCAGAAUGCACCGCGAGUCAGCUGUUACAGUAAGGAGGACUGAUAUGUUGUGUCAAACGAAUUGGCUGUUGGUUUUUUGGUUCAAGGUGGUUCGUCUAGACUUAGUGAAAAAUUGAUCGUGUGUAGCAGGAUAAAAUAGUCAGACAGUAUAUACCGUACAGUUAACAAAUUGACUGAGAACCAUUGAAAGGACUAUAGACUUUCAUGUGCCAACUUUAUUCUUACAGAUACGGUGUGAUUGGGAGAUCGUCUUCAACACUUAAAACUUGAAUAACUCAAUGGACCACAUACCAAGGUCGAUUUUAAUGAAGAUGCUGACCCAAGGUUUGACUCGUGUUGGGAGAAUGAACUGUGGUAUCUAUCGGAUAUAGAUCUGAAAUGGAAAGAUGAUAUUUGGUUUAUUAGUUCAGACUAUGAUGGUUGCCUCCAUUGGGCCGCCGCCUGAAUUACCUAUGGGGGAUUAUCACCCGCCGAUCAAAAACUCAUCAGACUGCCACUUUGCCUACAGUUAUAAGACGGACACAAAGGGCAUGUUUGCCUCCCCAGGAUUUCCCAGCGAAUACCCCGACAGUGUCACCUGUAGCUACUUCUUUCAUGCCUCCGCAAGUGGAAGAGUUCAGAUCACUUUCGAUUUCUUCAGUCUGGAGAAACCUUCGGACAAAGGGUGUACAUUUGAUUACCUGGAAAUAUACUACGUCAAUAACAACGGCUUCAAGGACUUGAUCGACAGAUUCUGUGGGACCAACACUCCGAAAGAUUUCAUUUCUCAUCACCCUAAAAUGGAGAUACUGUUUGUAUCCGAUUUCACCAAGCACUCUAACGGAUUUCUGGCUCACUAUACUUUUCUAGGAGACAAAUAUUCUACCGCAGACUGGCAUUACUUUGGACCAUCCACAAUGGGUUGUGGGCCGGAAUUUCUCUUGGGGUCAGGAGGAAUCAUCCAGUCACCGGGGUACCCCAGCCUCGCCCGUCCAAGAUCCAGCUGUACCUGGAUCAUCAUUGUGGAGGACACAGAGAAAGUUCUGUUGACCCUUGUUGACCUUUCCAGUAGCAAUAAUCAAGGUACUGAGGAGCAUCUAUGUGGAAGAUCUCGCCUAGCCUUCUACAACGGAUUCGCUGUACCCGGGAUGCUUCCAGAGAGGGCUUACUGUGCACCAAUGGCUGAUGUCUAUUACGGGAAGAGGGAGUACUGGUCCUCGUCCAGCAGAGUGGUUGUCCGAUUUGAAACAGAUAUAGAUGGUCCAAUGCUAUCAUUCAAACUAUCUUGGACAGCCGUUGAACUAGUGGAAAAUGACAAUUGUCCAAGAUUUCUGUGCAAAGGAGAGCCAUGCGAGGAUGGAGACUCACAGUCUUGCACGUCGAAGCUGAAAGUCUGUAUUGACAAGUCUCUUCAAUGCAAUGAUGCACCGAAUUGUGGAUACUCAGACAAAAGUGAUGAAGAAAAAUGUGUGAACAAGAUCCUGAUGAUAGUGUUAUAUGCUGCAGUGCCGUCUGUGAUACUAAUUCUGAUCAUAAUUCUCGUGGUGUAUUGUUAUCGUCGCCACAAGCGGAAACAGCUCCAUAUUGUGAAAUCUACAGAGAGCGUCGCAUCCCCUCAAACUCAUUGGGUUUCCCCUCACAUCCGAAGCCUAGAAAACAGUCCAGUCACUAACAGAUCACCUCUGAUUCAUACCACCUCUUUUGUAACAUCCAAACAUUCCGCUAACCCUGAGUCGUCUCCAAAACGAGACAGCAAGCGUGUGACCAUCGUAGAUCAUAUUGACAUGGAAGAGUUCAAGCGUUCUCCAGAGAGACACAGUGUGAAUGGAGGCGUUCAGCUUCAUGAAGCUGGUAGAGACAGGAAACAUAUAGUAACACCUUGCAGUGAAAAUAAUGUCAAAGAGGUAGCAACUCGUGUUCACGUGGAUGGCGCUUUAAGGACGCCACCGCAACAUUAUAGAACUCAUCAAAAGAGACCAUCUUAUCAUUUGAUGCAAGAGUUUAACAUGGAGGGAACGGAUAUUUUACAAUGAAAAUUUUAUACAACUGUUUUGCUUUCCCUUGUGUCAUCUUUUUAUUUGUUGAAAAAUUUGAUUAGCAAAUCGCAAGAAGCUCUUCGUAUCUUUCAUUUAUAAAAUAAAACUUAAAUGUAUGCAUUUUUACCAUCU